AUGAGCUCACUGUCGAUGCACUUCUUCCUUGUCAAGGCCAACUUCCUCGACGCUCGCCCGGUUGGACUUCUCACCUUGGUCAUUCUCCCUGUCCUCACCUUCUUGAUCUAUCGAUUGUACCUCCAUCCACUUGCAAGCCACCCAGGACGCAUACUAAGUAGAUUGAGUGCCUGGCCAAACUGGUAUCAUGCCGCAAAAGGGGACCGACAUACUUGGCUUCAUGAUCUCCACGCCAGAUAUGGUCCCGUCGUCCGUUUUAGUCCCAACUCCCUAUCUUUCAACACCGUCUCCGCGAUAGAUUUGAUCUACAGGUCUCGCAAGGCCAACUCCCGCAAGUCGGACUGGUACCAAUGUGUUCGAGACUCAGCUGGAGGCUUUGAGAGCACAUUCACCGCCAUGGAUAAAGCAAGGCACGGUGUCAAGAGGCGUUUGCUGUCAUAUGCCUUCUCAGAGAAAGCCCUGAAGGACUACGAACCGGUGAUCAAUAAGACUGUUGGGACGUGGCUCAGCCAGCUGGAGCAGGAAGCCAACAGCACCGGAGGAGGAGCAGUCGACCUUGGGAGGUGGAGCGAAUACCUCAUCUUUGAUAUCCUUGGCGAGCUUUGCUUCUCCAAGUCCUUUGGAUUGCUGGAAUCAUCAGAGGGACGAUAUAUCACAAAACUGGUUCCGCAGGCCACGAGAUGCUGGUACACGCUUGGCUACCACCCCCUCACUCACCCCCUUCGCUACCUCCUUUUCAAGACACGCCUUGGACCCUAUCUCGGAGGUCAAUCCUACCGGGACAAUCAGAGAUUUCGCGAUUAUUGUCUCAGCGCCCUGAAAGAGCGGAGAAGAAGAGACCAGGCACACCAAACAAUGGUGGAUAACGAUAUGUUUCACCACCUACUGAAUGGUAGCGAUCCGGAGACUGGGCAAGCAUACAGCAUCGCAGAUCUAGCCUGUGAGAGCGUGCUGCUCAUGGUAGCGGGAUCCCAGUCAACAUCAGGUGCUCUAGCAGCUACCAUUCAUUAUCUGGUGAAUCGGCCUGAGACUCUGGCGAGGUUACAGGGUGAGGUGCGAAAUGCCUUCCGUGGGGAUCAAGCGGUUCGCUACGAGCCCGGCGGCCAGCUCGCGCAACUUCCAUACCUCAGAGCUUGCGUUGACGAGAGUCUACGGCUGACGCCUCCGACGCCGGGACAUCUCCCUCGCGAGGUUCUCACCCACGGUCUGGAGGUCGACGGCGUAUGGGUUCCGCCUGGAACUAGCGUAGGAGUUUCAGCAUACGCGAUUCAUCGAAAUGAGACAUACUUCUCGGAACCCUACGACUUCCGCCCAGAGCGAUGGCUCAAUGAUGAUGGUAGCUAUCACGCGGCGAGCACGGCAUUCAAUGCGUUCAGCGCCGGCGCAACGGGGUGUAUCGGAAAGCAGCUUGCAUACAUGGAGAUUUCCGUUGCGGUUGCUAUGCUGAUCCGUCGCUUUGAUAUACAAGUCGACCAUCCCGGCGGGGCUAAAGCUGGCACAGUCCCCAACGGCGGUUAUGUCGCCUCCGUGAUCCUGCGCGCGGUGUCGCUCCACCUCGCAGAGCGUGGGCAGCCAGACACCAUCUCCGCCCACUUCGAAUACGUGAAACGCACGGAAAUCGGCCCCGCGGUCCUCGUCAUCGACGAGGUGAAGCUCGGCCAGACCAUGUCCACGGUACACGUCACCCUCCACCAGCACGAUGUCCAGCUGGCGGCGGCCCCGUGGUUCACCGCCCGCUCGUGCAGGAACGUGCUCGCCUACGUCACCAACACCCGCCUCAGCUUCGAGAAGGGCCUCACGCUCGCCAGCGGGUGGUCCGCGACGCCCCCGCCCAGGCCCGUGAGCGACUUUGGCCUCCUCGCGCUGGACCGCGACCCCCACUGGGUCCGGAGGAUGGCUCCCCUCGGCGCGCGCUUCACCUCGUUCGUCCGCACCCACAACAACCUCGAGCACUACGUCCCGCGCGAGGGCACAGGCACCCCACGGCGCGGCAUGGUGGACCUGUGGCUGCGCCUCAAAGGGACGGGCCAGAGGUUCACGACCCACGACCUUGGUUACGUCGCGGACGCCUAUCCCAUGGUCGUCGAAGGGUGGAGGCCCCGCCGCGACGAGGAGCAGAGCCCCUUCCGGUACGACGAGACUUUUUGGUACCCGACGCUGUCGCUGAACCUCGACGUCAAGCGGGCGUUGCCGGAGGAGGGGGCCGAGUGGCUCUUUGUCCGGUCCUCGGCCAAGGUGAUCCAGAACGGUAGGCUAGAUUUGGAGGUCAUCAUCUUGGACCAGCACCAGAACGUAGUGGCGCUUAGCAGUCACGUCAACAUUAUCGUGUCGGCCGAGCGGAGUUUGAAGGAGCGGAGUCAUGCCAAGGGGAAUAUUUAG